CCCCGAUUUCGAAGAGCAUUGUUCGUUAUACAAAAGUGAACACGCUUCUUUUUGUCUCGAUCUGCGUUCAACCUCAACCUGUCUUCCCACUUUUCUUGAGUAAAAAGUUUCCGGAUUGUUGUUCUCAUCGUGCAUUAUAUUGAAAUCAUCCCCCCCACUCCCUUCUAGAGCAAGUAGAAGUACAAAACCAUGGCAGUGCUGUGACAUUCUUUCCUCGCCUCUCCCCCACACCAUGACAAACUCCGUUUCCCCUACUUCGGAAGUAGACCCGUCCAAGAUGGCAACGGCCCCAGAGACGGAUGCCGAUAAUGCAGAGCCGAAGUCUAUCCCCGCCUCCGCUAUUCUUGGAUCUGUCGCCAACAGCCCCGAAUGGCUUUUGGCGGAGGAAAUCCCAAAAAUGCUGGACGAAUACGAGAAGCUGUGGCAGGAGGAAGACCCGGAGGACGAUUGCUUCAAAUCCAAGUACAAAGCACGGGAGAAACUGGAGCCGAUACUGCUGAAAGCGGAGCAAUUCUUGUACAAUAAAGAGGUGAUCGAACAGGAGAUUAAGGACGAAAACGACAAAUCCGGCUUAUCGAAACUGGACAAAGAAGUUCAAGCCGUCCAGAAAAAGCUGGAAGAGAACAAAUUCGAUGGAAGUGACGGCGAAAACAUCACUAUCGCGACGAACACGGGUUUGAAACCCGAGGAGACGCUGCGGUUGCGGUUGCGGGAGCAAGUGGCGGAUUUGUAUUUGAUUCUGGGGAAAAACUACUACUUUUGCGAGGAAGUCCCGGCGGGGGAAGCGCGGCUGUCAAGGGCUCUGUACGAGUACUUGGCAUUGGACGACAGAGCGGGGGUGUUGGUCAGGAUACAAGACUGUCUGAACCAAUUGGGAAUGGUCUGGGUACACAGAGGGAACCACGCAAAGGCGCUGCAGUUUCUGAGGAGGGCACAGGUAGUUUAUCAAUAGUGUUUUUGUCGUGCAUAAGUAUGCAGCUGGUUAUUUUGAUGUGGAUGUUGUUGACCCGAGUAUUGGAACUCCGGACUCAAGUUGGUUGAAUUUCACAUAAAUGUGCCACUGGUUUUUGAUUCUUCUACAACUAAUCAAAUUUAUCAGGUCCUCUAUCACCGGCGUCCGAAAGAGCUCCUUUUAAAGAAAAAGUUAGACAAGCAAGCCGAAAACUACUACACGUUGACGCAGUUUUACUUAGCCCAAGCUUACGGCGCGGUGCAGAACGCAAAUCUGUCGGCGAAAUACUGCGCGGAGACGCUGUGCAGGCAAUUGGAGUACAACACAACGACUAGUACCUCCACCUCUUCCACGGACGGCAAAGUGAAUGAAAGUGCCGAGGACACAACUACGGCCGAAAACACUUCUAACAGUAUCAAGCAGAAAGACCCCUUCGACAUCCGCGACUGGGCGAGGAAUUGCGUCGGGCUGUCCGACUAUUUUAGUAAUAAGUGCAUGUUCUGGACGGCGGAGUACGUUCUCUACGCGGCGUUAAUCCUCUUAACCGACGGCAUUGCCGGAAAAAUACCGGAAAUUUCCACGGAAUCCUUAUCCACGGAAUCCCUAUCCGAACCCGAGGAGCUACUGGCGGAGUUGAAGAAAAACCUCGGGCAGAUUUACAGCUCGCGAUUGACGUUUUCGAAAACCUGCGCGGAGUUGGACACAGAGGAGCAGGUGGUGCAAGCUUUGCACGAUUUCGAGAAACAGGAGGAGGAGGAAAGAAAGGAGAUGCUGGAGAAGUUGUUCAAAUCUGACAAUGUGGAAUCGGAGAAGUUGGAUUUCAAACAAAUCUUCUGGAACGAGAAGAUACCAAGACGGAUGGAUGACGCGACCAUCUGCUACGAUGAGAAAUUUCCGGCGGUCGUCGCGAUCAAAGACGCGGAGACGGAAGACGGGAUGAUGGCAGUGGAAAAGCUCCUGGCGGAAAAAGAGGUAUAGGCUUUGUUGCGUUCUUUGUGUGCAUGAGAAAGGGCUUUUGUCAUGCGUGAAAAAUUUUCCUCCAUCUAUGAUCAAAACUCGUCUUUUAUCAGGCCUUCUGGACCGGCAACGGGGUUCUCGAUCUGGCAAACGGGAAGUACAAAGUCCAGCUGGCGGUCUACUUCGGUCCGGCCUUGCACAAAAGGAUAGAGCAGAAAAUCAAGAGUAUGAACAAAGAAUUUUUCCAGGCGCGAAUCGACGGCGUAGCUUCUACUGCUGGAGCUGCUGCGGGGGAAUCCUCUUCUAGCACCACGACAUCCUGGAACACAAAGCCAUUCAAAAUUCCCACUUCCCUCGCCCUCGCCACCGGACCGCAAUACAUCCAGUCGAAGGAGCUGUUUAAAAUCGGGAACCAUUUUUUCGCCCAAUCCUUGAAGUUCUUCGAACUCGACGGGUACUGCACGGACCACGUGAAACUGUUGCAGGAAAUUUCCACUUUGUACAGGCAUUUAGCCUACUUCGAAAACGACUACGCACGGAAAUCCGCGAUGUACGUCCGACGGCAGAAGAUGCUGCAACCCUUACUCGACCAGUUGUCAAAGCAGCAUUUCCGGUCCUACUGGCGGCAACUCUGCUUCGAGUGCGGGGAGAUUUCGCAUGAUGUCGCGGAAGUCCAUUUGUUCGAGUUCACGAACAAGUCGAAGCCGAAUUUGGAGCAGCAACACGAGCCGAUCUCGGACGAGAAAAAGUUAAAACUGGCCCAGAAAGCGAACAAGUCUAUCCUCCAGUCCCGGCAGCUGUUUCAACAAUUCAGCGACACGUACGAGAAAGACGAGCGGUGCGACAUCAAGGAAUUGUCAGACGAUGACGCGAAGGCUUUCGCGCACAGCAAAAUCAACGCGGCGAGGAUGGCAAGUAAGUUCGUCGGUCUGGACAAAAAGUCGCACAUUGAGAUGCUAAAAACGGCGAUCGACGAGUACGAGUUCAUAAAAAGGUGGUUGGACGGUUGUAAGAACAAGGACCACCUGGUGACGAACGUCUUGCCGAACGAGAGCCAUUUAUCCUGAGUAAAAACAUCCCCACACCAGAGUCAAGAUGGGGAUUUUGCAACACAAACCUAGAACUUUUGGGGGUCACGCAUCACAAGUUGCAGUCCGUAGUGUAGUGGAGGUUCGCAAGGCCAGCUGCGUCAGAAAUCCAUCUGCUCAUCCUAUUUACAGCAUUACAAGUUCCAAAACACGAAUAAAAAUGCCUCUCCUGGCGAUGCGCAUUACAAAUGUUCCUGUCAUUGCAAAUCUGCAUGACAGCGCUGGCGUGGGGACGUUUUUACUCAGGAUACCAUUUGGUGCGGGAAAUGUGCUUGCUACUUCCCGCGCGUUUGGAAAAGGUGCUGCAUGCGCCGGGGUGAGUAGACGAGAAGUGGUGGUUGAGGUGUGCUCUUUGUCGUCGCGGUUUGAUGUUGUGUGAGUUGUAGUUUCUGUUUAUUUUCCAAGAACUACGCUCCGCAUCUUCAUCACAAAGAAAUGACACACUGCCGCGGUGUUUAUUUUUUAUCGAAUAGCUGUAGUUUUUAGUUUUACCAAUCUUUCAAAAAUGAAAAUCACACGGAAUCAUACGAAGCAACAGUAAGAUACAGGAUACAAACGGAUUUGGACUUUCUUCAUCGUGUUUACGUAAAAUGGAGGUACAGGAGGCUUAUACAUCAAGAAGAGUGGUUGUGGUUUUGGUCUUGCUGCCGCACGUGAAUAGCCUAGAUAAAAGUUCAGACACGCUGUGAAGAAAAUCAUGGUCGCGGCACGACGCGUUUUGAUAGUCAACCCUCAUCGAACAAAGUGUUCGUCAAACUCAUGCUUUUUUUCAGUAGUACCAGACAAAGUUUCUUUAGAAGCCCG